AAAAAAAAAAAAACCUUAAAAAAAAAAAUUAAGGGACCUUUUUCUUUUUUUUACAAAUACAAAAAAAAAAAAAAAUGUUGGGUGAACAAACUACUGCUAAUAAUGUCUGGGAUAGCAAGACACAAACUUUUCAUGGUGGUCAAGAACAUCGUUUUAUUAAUAACUUUGUCGAGGAUUUCAGUGUGACAACAAACUAUCUCGGUACACCUCCUCAAGCCCUCGCCGCUGCCAAACAAGCCAUGGGCGAGAUUCAUCAUUACCCUGCUGCUAAUCAAGAACCUGCAAAGACACACUUGGCUGAAUUUUUAUGGGGUAAAGACUAUGCUGAACAACACGGUCGUUUAUUGAUGGGUAACGGUGCCUCCGAGUUGAUUGAUUUGGUCGUCCGAAAAGCUCUUUUGGCUGCUGCCGAAAGAGGUCAAACCCAGCCUACUUGGAAGGGCAGUCCAUGGAAUGUUCAAUACAGAGAGUAUCAACGUAGUGCUGAAACCAACGGAUUCAAGAUUUUGGAACCUUCCAACCCCGAAAGAGCUGACAUGGUCUGUAUUGUCAAUCCUUGUAACCCUACAGGUGAUUACUUUUCUGUCGAACCCUUGAAGGAAUGGAUCAAGAACAAUGUCAAGUCUGGCGGCAGUGUGAUUGUUGAUGAGUCGAUGCAACCUUGGCAUUCUGCUGAAUUCAGAAAGGAUUCGUUAAUUUCUGAACACGCUUAUGCUAGAGAUAUGUGGACUGAAGAACAGGUAUCUGUGCAUGUGAUGCACUCAUGGACAAAGAUCUGGUCCUGUACUGGACUCCGUAUUGGAUCUGUGAUCUGUCCUACCACAGCACACUGUGAAGCCUUAAGAAAGAUCCAAGUCCCCUGGUCCGUCAAUGGUCCUGCCCUUGCCUUUGUUGAAGCCGUUGUGAACGAGAAAGAUUACUUAAAUGAGACCUGGGAAAACACCACACGUUUAAGAGCUCACUUGAUUGACCAAUUAAGUAGUCUGGAACAAUCAAAGGAGUGGGUUUAUCACGGUAAGAAAUUCUUGAGUUGGGUCUGGUUAGAUAUGAAGUCAGAGGCCAUGGCAGAAAGAGCCAUUGAUUUAGCUCGUGCUGCUGGUGUUCCCGUUCGAAGUGGUAAACCUGGUUACAAGUGUAAUUCAUUCAUUCGUGUUGCUGUGCGUAAAGAAGCAGAGGUUGCUGUAUUAAUCCAAGCCUGGAAGUCCUUGUAAAUAAAUAUAAAAGAAAUAAAUUGCAUAAUUACACACAUACACAUAUUUUGGCAACAAGAAUUUCUAUUUACGGCCUAUAAAAUAAUAAUUGUUUAGUCCAGG